CGAGGGGCCAAUCAGAAGUCGGGGUUCGCGAGCUCUGGCUGGCUGGGGCCGCUGCAGGAUCGAGAGCCGCUGGAGAGCCGUGUCGCCUCGGGAUCACGGGUCGCUGCGGGUUAAAUUUACAAGGAGUGAGACCCACAGAUCUUAUCCUUAAGUUUCAAGUUUGGACGGAUGUAUGUAUCCGUGUAAACCAAGCAUUGUCGAGAUCUAGACAUGGCCCUCCAGAGAGCCCUCCAGAAGCGACAGCUGUUCUAGUUUCUGUAGAUGAAAGCUCGCUGUUCUUGAGAUGAUGCUUGUAUGACGCCAUCCCUUGAACCGCCAUCAGGAUCAUGCCCUGAAACGCAGCCCACCCGCAGAUGUUACUCGUUACCUACAGCUUAGUAUGAAGGGGGCGUUGGAAGCAAGCUAUUUUGGAAAAAGAGGGAAGUGAGGGUGCAUGGAACUCAAACAUUUGGUUCCUGAAGGCUGUUCAGAAGCCCUUCUCUGUGCCCCAAGCUGUCCCCUCUGUCAAAGGGACAAUAGCAUGGGUCCGGGGUCUCGGUGUGUCUCGGCAAAGUGCUCCUCCUGUUGUGACCUCAGUCUCUCCGGGAAGACAGCUGCUGGGGGGAGUGGGCCAGGAAUGGGACUAGGGCGUGCCAGGGGCUUUCCUCCCUCCUGUCUGCGAGUUGGUCUGUUUUCCCGAGACGUAAUGUCACACGGAGACGAUCAGCAACCCCAGGCUCUUGCGAAACCGACUUUCAGUGACGCACAAGCCUCUGCAUUAGUGGAAUCAUUAUUUGGGUUAAAAGUUUCCAAGAUCCGGCCACUUCCCAGCUAUGAUGACCAGAACUUUCACGUGUGCAUUUCAAGUGCCAAAGAUGCCGCAGAUGAGCCGACAGAGUACGUCCUUAAGAUAAGCAACGCCGAGUCCAGCAGGAGCCCGGAGCUGAUUGAAGUGCAGAGUCACGUCAGCAUGUUCCUGAGAGCCGCUGGCUUCCCGACGGCCUCCGUGCAUCCCACUGCGGGAGGCCACCUCAGCUCUCUCGUGUCCGUAGAUGGCAGCUCUGGAGUCGCAGGCUACCUGCUGAGGCUGCUGUCCUACCUCCCGGGGACGCCUGUGGCCGAGGUCCCCAGCAGCCCCCAGCUGCUGUACGAGGUCGGGAGGCUCGCCGGCAAACUGGAUGAGACCCUGCAGAAAUUCCGUCACCCGAAGGUAAGUCAUCUUCGGCGGGAGAACUUCAUUUGGAAUCUGAAAAACGUCCCCCUUCUGGAGAAGUACCUGGACGCCUUGGGCCAGAGCCGAAAGCGGGAGAUUGUCGUACAGGUCAUCCAGCUGUUCAAGGACGAGAUCCUGCCCAAACUAUGUCACUUCCGAGAGUGUCAUGUCACGUCACGGCCUUUCAUGUCCUGUGGUGAGCCUUCUCCCGCACCCAGCAGGCAGCACGUCCAGUUCCUGUUCCCCUAAGGGGUAAAGCACAUUGCCGACCUGGAACACCGUCCACAGACCCGAGGCUGCGUUCCUGCUCACUGCAUUUCUGUUCUGUGUUUUAGUAUAUAUGUCGAUCUUGUUCUUGAGGUUGGCUCUAUCUUUAUUUUCUCAUCUUAUUUUCGUCAUUACUAUGUAUAUUAUACACAGGAGGCUUAUCAGAGAACGAACUCACUCUGCCAUCUUGAUCAGAAUGCCUUCUCUUUCUUUAAUUCUCAAAUUCAACAACUUUUGUCAUUUUCCCCCCAGGCAUUGAAUAGCUCUGUCAUUUUUUGAUAGGCCAGUGGACAAGGGAUAGAAGCAAUAAAAUGCUUGCGUUAAGUACAGAUUGCAUGCUUGAAGAAAUGUAACUCAGUGGUUCUAAAAUCCCAUUUGAUUGCAUAAGAUGUACCAUCCCUUCACCUCUGAGGAGGAGGAAAUCUUGCCAAUGAGACUGUGACAUGGCGUCCAUUGUAUCAUGUGUCCCAGUUUCACAAAUGUGUAGUUUGGAAUCUGUGGUUUACAAAAAUGUUCAUUGUUUCUGCAUGUCACCCACUGGGCUAAAUUACUUAAGCACGAGUUACGCGAUCCCAAGUCACCUAGAAGAAAUCGGCAUCGUACUCAGGAGUGGAUGUUACUUUCUAUCACUCACUUACCGGAAAGUACGUGACUCACCGCUUCAUGCUCCUGGACGUCCCUGUGUCUCCCUAAUCCUUAGCCAGGGUUUUAAAUCAGAAUUUCUCAGACUGUUCCUGAGGGAAGACAAGUGUGGUUUUUCCCCAGCGCCUGCUGCGUGGUCCUGCCAUUCGUGACUGGGUCACACCCUGCACCGCACACGACUGACUGUGGGAGUCCGGUAACACCAAGCUGGUCUGUAUUCUUAAUGACAUGCAUGAUCACACUCUUAGAUGACAAAUUGCUAUAAACACUCUCAGUCUUUUUUAAACAUGCUCAAUGUCUGUUUUUAUCUCAUACACACUAGUGAGAGUUUGUGGACCAUCAGUGACCACAGACCCCCACUUCGACUGGUACUGACUUGAGAUAUCUGUGUCUAAUCUAGUAAUCAAAAGACUGAGACAGCUCACAAUUAUUUGUCAUCAGACUUCUUUUUUUUUUUUUUAGAAAUCCUAGGUUAAAAUAAAGACACAUCUGGCCCAUUCUAGGACUCUUGGAUUUUUCUUAUUAUUAUUUUUCCUUUUUAAAAAAUUUAUUUUUUAAGCCCUCUCUACGUCCAACACAGGGCUUGAAUUCACAACCCCAAAAUCAAGAGUUGUACACUCCACUGACGAGUCAGCCAGUCUCCGUUAGGACCCUUUGUUUCGUACGAUAAUGUGAACAUACGUAUAUUCCUUUUGAACACUCUCCAUUCAUUCUGCCAGCAGUCAGAACCAGGUGUUUGCAGUGGCCAGCCUGCAUCCUCUAGCCUCGUACUGAUCAGAAGUAAAGCAAAUACAACCACUAAAAUUAACUGCUUUUUUU